AUGUCGUACUCACAGGGCAGUACAGGGUCGAAUGGAAUGGCCUACAACAUGUUGAAUGGUUCCCAAUCCCUCUCCUCCACCCCUCGCGCAACUCCUCCGCCCCCGAAAGGAUCUCAGAUGUCCUCUUUCGGUUACUCCAACGGAAUCUCACGAAGCUUUGGUGGAUAUGAUGGAACCAACGAGUAUGGUUCGGUAAUGUCAUACCAGGAGGAGUAUAAACCACAGAUUUACCGAGCUGUCUAUUCUAAUGUUGCUGUCUAUGAAAUGGAAGUGAAUGGAGUUGCUGUGAUGAAACGUCGGUCCGAUUCUUGGUUGAACGCUACGCAAAUUUUAAAAGUCGCUGGUGUUGUGAAAGCGAGACGAACGAAAACCCUCGAGAAAGAAAUUGCGGCUGGUGAACACGAGAAAGUACAAGGCGGUUACGGAAAAUACCAGGGGACGUGGGUCAACUACCAACGAGGCGUCGACCUCUGCAAAGAGUACCACGUUGAAGAAGCACUCCGGCCACUGCUCGAGUACGAUAUGAGCCCCGACGGCUCCGGAGCUCCUGCGCACGGAUCAACGAUAGAUACACCCACAAAAGAGCAAGCAAUGGCCGCGCAGCGCAAGCGCUUGUACAACGGCGGGGAUAAUCGCAGCGCGUCGCAGCCGCAGCAGGGAACCUUCUUCCAAAAUAUCUCGCGAACCGCCGCCACUGCUGUCAAUGCCCUCAGCAAAGCGCGCUUCGACUCGCCCAGCUCUAAUAGUCGUCGGCCCAGCAUGGCGCGCAAGCCCUCACAGCAGAUGAGCAGCCAGGAAUCCGGGCUUGCAUUCAGCAGCCAGCAGACCAUGUACAUGUCCGACAGCGGGUUUGGCAGCUUGCAAAAUCGGUACCAGGUGCAAGAUGACAACGAGGAUCUUGCGGAACCUCCUCGAAAACGCAUGCGCUCUACUUCACACCAAGGCCCCCCUAUUGGUCUCACCCGAGAACCAUCUAAUCUAUCUAUGCUCGAACCUACACCCACAGAACCUAACGACUCAUUCUAUCAACAUGUGGAUCUUCCUCCCCCUCCUAUUGAUGAUGGCUCGAAACGCGGCAUUGAGUCCCUGGCGCCUGCUUCUACUCCCGAGAGAUUCCAGAAGAUGAAGCUCAUUAUGACAUUGUUCCUUGAUAAACGAACAAAAGACUUUACGAAUCACCCGGCUUUGUUGGAGUUGACCGGGGAUGAUCUUGAGAUUCCCCUUGAUGAGUACCGAAACAAUGCCCUACACUGGGCUGCGAUGCUUGCCCGCAUGCCACUGCUCAAUGCUUUAGUAGCCAAGGGUGUCAGUAUAUCGCGAGUCAAUGGUGCCGGAGAAACGGCCCUACAAAAGGCCGUGGGCACCAGGAACAACCUCGAUUAUCGAAGCUUCCCACGUUUGCUCCAGGUAUUAGCCCCUACCAUUGACAUGGUCGAUUACAGCGGACGUACCGUCCUGCACCAUAUCGCCAUGAUGGCUGCGACUGGUGGCGGCGGACAUGUCUCCGCAAAGCAUUACCUGGAAGCUCUUCUUGAGUUCACUGUACGACAUGGCGGUAUUGCCCCAAGUGCGAAUGGAGAUCAUGCCACAAACGGGAUCCCCGGCGGUGAAGUCAUGUCUCUGGGACGGUUCAUCUCUGAAAUUGUCAACCUCCGCGAUGAUCAGGGCGAUACGGCCCUCAAUCUGGCAGGGCGUGCGCGCUCAGUCCUUGUCCCGCAACUCCUGGAAGUGGGCGCCGAUCCUCAUAUUCCGAACCAUACUGGCCUCCGCCCUGCAGAUUACGGUGUUGGCGUUGACAUGGUCGACGGAAACUCUCAAUCUCAACAACCGGCUAAUCGGAAUGACACAUUUAUUGAUCAAUUGGCGAAAUCGAAGAAAGAGAUACUUGAUGCGGCAAUGUCCCAAAUUAGCGCACUGGUCGAAGAAACACUUGGGGGAAUUGACCGCGAGUUGGCUUCGAGCUUGACACAAAAACAAGAAACUUUCGAUCACUGGCAUACGAAGAUCCGCGAGUCUGCGAAGGCUCGGCAGAUCGAACAGAAACAACACGAUGAGCUCAAACGCAGGAGUUCUGAGCGCGUAGAGCUAGACCGACGUAUCAAGAAUCUGGAGCGGUCAUCUGAGGGGCUGUUGGUCACAGUGAACAAUACACCAGGAUUGGACGCGACCAAGACGGCUGUUAUCGGUGAUGCAGACCGAGAUUCCGGUGUUGAUGUCGCGACAUUUGAUGUCCUAUUCCCUGAGGGUUUCGACCCAGCUUCCGGCUUCUCGGAACAGCAACUCUCCUUCCUGGCUACACUGCCAGCAACAGAUCUGCUUAGGCGCCAGGCACAAUGCUACAAAGAAUUCAACGGAGAGAUUCUAGCUGAAGUCGAUUGUCUGAAAGCAAAGAACGCAGUUCUUGGCCAGAACUACCGUCGCAUGGUGAUGGCAUGCACGGGCUGGACGGCGGAACAAGUAGAUGACGCCGCGGAGGGCCUCACGCAAUGCGUCAAGGAACUGAAUGACAAUCCCGUCCCCGAGGACGAAGCUAUUGAGAUUCUGAUGCGGGAUCGCGGGCAGGACUGGUAG